AUGGCUGAUUCCUCCGGGGAACUUGGAAAAGGGCAUCCUUCACUUCAUCCUUCACCUGAAGAAGCCAUGUCCUUAUCCUUGAAAGUCCUGUACUACGUAGGCUGGUGGCCGGUGAAAGAAAGCAAUCCCUACAGAUUGUACACUAUCGUCAUGUCCUCGAGCUAUCCGCUCUUCUACCUGUUGAUGGCUUGGUUCUUCUUAUCUGGUGGAAAAACGACGACGAUCUUCUUGGAACAAGCAGGCUUUGUUCUGGCGUUCAUCCCGAUUACGUUCAACAUAAUGACUGUGUUGUUCAAGAGGAGACAGUUUCAGGACGUUAUCGCCAAUCUGAGGUCGUUUAUCGCGCGUACCUCUUGCGUCUACACCGAAGGAACUCUGCGUGAUGCGAUCAAGGAAGAAUAUCUUCUGGUCGUACUGUUCACUACCUUAAUCCUGACUGCAGGUUUAUCCAGGUUGGCAGAACCGAUCGGGACAUAUUACUUGAUCCCUCAAGCCGGCAACAAUACCGGUGGGUUACACCUGCUAAUACAGAUCUACACCAUUGAGGAAAUAAGCAGUCUGGCGUUUGGGGCAAUGUUCGCAAUCCAGUACUUUGUGUUUGGCUGUAUUAUUUGGACAUUAGCAGCUGCUGAAAUAUUAAUGUAUGUUUUAAUCCUCUACACUGCCAACCAAUUUGAAAUUAUCAUAGCCUUGAUAAGAAACGUUGGAGGCUUUGACAGACAAUUGUUUCUGGAAGCUGGUGUUGGACACACGCAUUGUAAGUCACAAAUGGGAAGAAAAUCUGCAGGUGAUUUGAUGAAUGGUGUGAUAGACACAAUUUCUCAGAACCCUGAACGUAUAUUGAAUGAACUGCAAUCAGCAAGAAUGAACAGAUUUUUGAAUUCAACAAACAAUAGAGGUAUCGCACAUGUUUGGGAAAAACUGGUUGUCUAUCAUCAGGAAGCUUUAAGAAACGCGGCGGAGUUGUGUGAACUCUUUAGAACGGCGCUAUUUUUAAAUUACGCACUUGCAUCAGUAGUUAUAUGUACCGUCUUGUACCAGCUGAAGGUCGUGGAAAGUCCUUUUUUAAUUCUUUUUAACUGCUUCUACGUGGCUGGUGUGACCUUCAGACUAUUUUUAAUGAGUAUUUUCUCUACCAGACUUUCAAUGCAGAGCGAGCAGAUCAGCGAUGAAGUAGCCGCCACCGAGUGGUUCGAGUACAACAACGCAGUGAAGGUGACUCUGGUCAUCAUGAUGAGCAGAGCCCAGAGACCCGUGCAGAUGUGGGCAGGGAGGUUCGCCGUCAUGUCUCUGGAGACGUUCAGUGCAGUGAGUCUACAUCCGUUUCAGUGA